AUGGCGUUAUUUUCCGAGCAAUUGGGAUUCACUUACGUCGUCGGCACAGCAGUGGGGCGUAAAGUGCUGCUUGUCUACGAAGCCCAAUCUCAAGAUACUGCCUCGCCACGUCUCUCGUCAAUAUGCCCCGGGUGGGUAUUGUACGCGGAGAAGACUCAUCCUGAAGCUAUCGCCCAUAUGCUGACGGUUAAGUCUGCCCAGCAGAUCACGGGAACCAUCCUUAAACGAGUGGUAUCGAAAGAGAAAGCUAUUGAUUCAACUAAUGUUUACCAUCUUACGGUGAUGCCGUGCUUUGAUAAGAAAUUGGAGGCGGCCCGUGCCGAUAACGCUGCUGAUGUCGACGGCGUCAUCACCCCUAAAGAAUUGAUCAUGAUGCUUGACGAAAUGAAUAUUAGUGUUAAAUUGAGUACUGGUGCUCCUCAAUACGAUAAAUACUCACCACCACAAUUUCCUCAAUGGUCGUGGACGUCGGAUAUCGGCUCGGUGCUGGGAGGGUAUGCCGUUAAUUAUCUCCGCGCAAAGCAGGCCGAGCUCGAGCUGGAGCCUAACUAUGAACGUGAAAACUUCUCCAUCGAACUGAUAGAGGGUAAAAACCCCGAUGUUUAUGAAUUGCGACUCAUCUAUAACGGCGAUAAAGUGGCGCUGGCCGCGGUGGUUAACGGCUUCCGCAAUAUCCAGAACUUGGUGAGAAAAUUGAAGGGGCCCAAGAAAGUGAACCCGUUGGCUGCUCGUCGACGGGCUCGUUUAAAGAAGGAUGAACCCACUCAGCCGACAGCCGACCCUACCCAAUGCGACUACGUGGAAAUCAUGGCGUGUCCUGCUGGGUGUAUCAACGGUGGAGGUCAAGUUCAGGCUCCCGAAGGCACCAGCUCCAAAGAAUGGAUCGACGAAACCACUCAGCUUUACGGACACAUCCCCAAGUUCGAUGCGGUGUCCCAUGCCAGCGAUGUCAAACAAUACUUCUCCGACUUUUGCCACGACUACGGCGUGAACGCUGACCAAGUUGUAAAUACCAAGUUCACCCCCGUGGAAAAGGAAGAGCCCGCUCUCGGCACCAAGUGGUAG